ACUGUACCAGAGGGCAUCAUGGUGGUGCAGCAGUUAGUGCUGCUGUCUCACUCUUUUGGGUUUCAGGUUCAUUGCUGUUCUCAGCUGCUGUCUGUGUGGAGUUUGCAUGUUCUCUCUGUGACCACAUCCCAAAAGCAUGCAGAUAGAUGAAUGUGCUACUGUAAAUUACUCUUUCAGAUUUGCCUAAUGACAAAAAUAAUUGGAAGGAUGCCGAAAGGUAUUCAUGAGAGAGAAUGAUUUGCCAAGUACAGAGAGAUUAUGACGGGGGAGAUUGGGAUUGAUGGAAAUGACAUGGAUCUAAAAAACCCUCUGUGUGAUUAUAAGGUUCAUCUCCCUCAUAACCUCGUGAUUGGAGGUAUUGAGGACACAGCUGCGUUAUCCCCAAAAUUUACCUUCAAUCCUAAAGAAGGGAUCGAUAAUCCCGCCUUGGUCAUAAAUGAUGAUGUUGAAUUGUCGAUCUUGAUCAAGCCCAGAGUCUGUGUCCUGUCUAAGAAGAACCAUGAGGUGUUUGGCUUCUACCUGCGGGCUGAGAAGGGGAGGCAAGGACAUCUCAUCCGACAGGUGGAGCCUGCAAGCUACGCUCAGCUGGCUGGGCUCUACGAUGGUGACAGGGUGCUCGAGAUCAAUGGAGAGUACGUCGAUAACUUGGCACAUUCCAAGGUUGUGGAGAAAAUAAAGCGGAGUGGCAACAAAAUCAUCUUUCUGGUUGUUGAUGAAGUCUCCUAUGAAGAUGCCAGAAUGAGGAAUCUGAAUCUUGCAGAUUUUUUACAGGCUGAACACGGGGCCCCACAUGGUAAACCACGUCUCUGCUAUGUAGAAAAAGGCCCCGAUGGAUUUGACAUUCAGUUGUGCUCUCCUGAAGGUGUCAAAGGUCCAUUUACGUUGAGCAUCCAACAUGGGGGAGGUGCUGAAAAAGGUGGACUACAGAUGGAUGACAGGAUCAUUGAAGUUAAUGGAGUUAAUAUUGAGGACUGCACACAUUUCCAAGUUGCCAAAAAGAUUAAAGAGAGUGGAGAUUCAGUAACAUUCCUCGUGGCUGAUCAGAAGACAGAAGCUUACUAUAGGGAGAAAGGCAUCAAGAUCAUUCCAGCCAUGGCCUGCUUUAAGCACUUGCCAUUCAAGACAAGGAAACUUUACUUAGUGAAAGGGAGUUGUGGCUAUGGAUUCCUACUGAAAACUGAGAAAACAGUUUCUGGGGCACUUGGUCAGUAUUUGUCAGAUGUGGAUGUGGGAAGCUCAGCGGAGACAUGUGGGAUGCAGGAAGGUGAUCGCUUGCUAAGUGUAAAUGGAGAGAAUAUUGAAGGGCUGGAACAUGAUGUUGUAGUGAAGAAGGUCAGACAGAAUGGAAAUCAGGCUACCCUUGUUGUCAUCAGCUCUGAAGGAGACAACUAUUUUACAUCUCUGGGGUUGCCUCCUUUGAUUUGCGAAGAUGAAGACGAAAUUAAUCCAAGGCAGACAACAGAAGAUCAAACAGAGGAUCCAGCACCACUUCAGCGACAUAGUUCUUGUCCAUUACGGGUGGCAGGAGAAAGAAAAACGGUUCCCACAGCCAGACUUUGCCACUUGGUGAAAGGCUCCAAAGGAUAUGGCUUCCAACUUUACAGUAUCACUGAUGAGCAAGGAGCUUACAUCCAGCAGGUUAUACCUGAAGAAGUCGGAUACAAGGCGGGAAUCCGGACUGGUGAUAUAGUGAUUGAAGUCAAUGGAAAGAAUAUAGAGAAAGUCGAUUAUGAGGACGUUCUUCAGAGAAUAAAAGAAAAUGAGGGCAAAGUGACUCUUCUUGUCAUGAAUAAAAAAGAAUAUUGGGACUGCAAGGAUAACAACAUCCCAAUUAGCAGAGAGUCGGGCAGUGAAGACAAUGAAAUUAAGAAAACCAAGAAUCCCGAGAAAGGGAAUUUCUCCAGCUUUAACAUCAGGAAAACAAGCCUAAAAAAAAGCAGCACUCUUCCUAUUAUCAAGCUCAGGAUGUCAGGAAGAUUGAAAAAGAACACUUAAAACGAUAACAGGGCACCAGAUUUGUGGAGUGAUUUAUUUUUGUGAAGUUAUGGGAUUCGAUGAAGUAUUCCAAAACAACUAUCUCCUUGUCAUUUCUGAAACAGCGACACACAAGGGAAAACAUUGCACUUUAUUAAUCCUUAGGAAUACUUAGAUGGAGAGAGUAGUAGAUCAUGCUUUUCAAGUGACGAUAGGCACUUCUCACCUAAAUUUCUAUUGCUCCUUUUUAAAUGGAAAAUUAAUUAUCAUCGUUCAAAUUUUGAACUAUUUUUUUUUAAGUGGGGUUAUCCAAUCAGAUUGGGAAAACAUGUCAAGGUGCACUUGAAUGUUAAGAAGUAAAAGUGCCAAUCUUAAAUUUGUGGGCAGUUAGAUGCUCUUGACCUAUUUAGGAGUGAGAAGGUGUGUAGUGGCCCGGCAUUUCUAUUUUAAUUGACAUUUCCUACAGUUUGUCAGUAUUUCUGUGGACGGUCACUUUUGGAACACGAAAAUGGAGAAAUGUAAUGGUGCGUCAAUACAUGCUCGAUACUCCAUGUGCAUUUACUUUGUACUUCAGCAAUAUGUAUUAUUAUAUUACACUGUACAGUCCAGUAUUUAACAAGCCAGUUUAGCAGAGGGCAGUGUUAAGUUGUUGAAGAGGCUUAAAAGUUUUUUUUGGAAAAGGCCUGAAAUGACAAGAACAAUCAAUAACUGGCCUUCCUGACCUGUACUUUUUUCUCUCACCAUUACACCCUUCAAUAAAAUAACAAUAACAGAACAUUCCAAGUGCACCUAACAUACUGGGCUGCCAUUGCCAGAGGCACUGCAAAACAGCCAAGCCUCCAAAAGAUGACCACUCCAAAAUCACAAAAGAGUUAUUGACAGCAGAAUUGAUCUUAGAAAUCACCUUUACAACUGCUUUUUCCUUAAAAAGAGAGUGUAUUAUUUCAAUAAAAUGUAUAUAGUUUCAAUAAUCAGUCUGGACUGAAUUCUUCUGUUGAAAUGUGAUACUUAAGGGCCUGUCCCACUUUCACGACCUAAUUCACGACAUUUUUUACUCGUGGACAUUUUUCAUCAUGAUGAAAAAACGGCACGACCUACUUGAUGCCACAAGUACCUACGAUUAGCAUCACGACCUACCUACGACCUCGUGAGGACCAUUCUGCGAGUAUGAGUCGAGGGUAAACUUGGCAGAGGUCAUGAAUUAGGUCGUGAAAGUGGGACAGGCCCUUUACUCAUUCACACAGGGUCCACUUAUUUUAAAAUGUUUUUACAAACAGAUGCUAGUUUGCGUGGUGCCCUUUAAGCCAAACCUGCAUCCUUAGAAGGUUCCAGACCUGAUACCCACCUGUCAAUUCUCUCUACAUAUACUGCCUGAACCACUGAGUCCCUCCAGCACUUUGUGUUUUACUCAAGAUUUCAAUAUCUGCAGUUUGUUGUGUCUGCAUUCGUAUUGAUCUGGGUUAAGACAUCUGAUUGAACAGCUGAUCUCCAAAUGACCAAGACAUCUAACUAGAUAUAAUUUCCACUACACUUCCCUUAGAGCUUUGAUCAUUAGAACCAAUUUUGUUUUACUGAUGUUGAUUAGUUUAGAGAUACAGCGCGGAAACAAGCCUUUCGACCCACUGAGUCCAGCCGACCAGCAAUCCCUGUACACUUGCACUAUCCUACACACUAGGGACAAUUUAGUCUUUACCAAAGCCAAUUAACCAACAAGCCUGUACGUUUUUGGAGAGUGGGAGGAAACCGAAGCACCCAGGGAAAACCCACACGGUCACAGGGAGAAAGGACAAACUCCAUACAGAUGGUACCCUGUAAGGCAGCAACUCUAUCAGUGUGCCACCGUGCUGCCCUUAAGUUGGUGCACAAUGGAUGUAUUGAUCAACAGUCCAAUAACCAAAUCCAUCCAUCAUACAAAUAUUAUUGUGGUGUGAAUUAUUUUUCCCUCGGUUUAAUAUCUCAUUCACAAGAUGUGACCUCAGAUAAUAUAGCCAUCAUUAUUGACAAAACUGCAAUUUGUGCAGAAGUUUGCUAAUUGGAACCUGAACUCGCAUCAUUCGGAUUUAGAGGCAAGAGAUGUCAGCACAAUGCCAUGGAUAAAUCAAUACAAUUAUACUUUAACCGAAUAUAGAAACGGGACUGCCCUAAAGACAUUAAACAAAAUUAUGUAACAAAGCUGUCCCCUUGUUAAAUAAGCAUCAUUAAAAUGAAUAAGAUUAUAAUUAUGAUCAUGUCUUAAAAACACACUUCUUCCAGUGCCUACUGAUGCAAUGCUUUGAGCAUGCUGGCCACCAGGGUACAGAGAAAGCAUGGAACUCGUUGCCAGCGCUCUGGUUGAAAUGUAUCUGUGCUUAAUAUUAAAAUUAUAUGAGACAAACACUUCCAUGGCUUUGAUUUUCCUUGUUUCAAUGAUUUUGC